AUGGUGGCCACCUUGGGAUUCAAGGAAGCAAUUGAGCGAGCAUUUAUUGUGAAACCGAGUGGAGUAGCUCAAACUUGUGAUAGACUUGGGAAGAUUCUAGGCGAUGCGGGUGGAGUGCUUACAUCUAAAGCUGCAGGAAGACAUUAUUCGAUAUUGUCGUGGGUUAAAUCUUGUGUGGAUUGGCAAAUUCAAACUCGGGUCUCGGUUGAGACUUCGCGCCAAAUAGAAAGAUUCUUGAGAGGUGGUGGCGUCAAUCUGGGCAAGCUGGGACUUUGGUUCGGAUUGAAGACGUUCAAAAGCUGA